AGACCUCUGAUUGGCCGAAAGUAACAUGGGAGGGGUGCAUUUCUCAAGCUCACGCUCUGGAGAAACUUUUGUGUCCCGAAAGUGCAGAAGACAGCCUUAAUUUCCAGGAACAAAGACACAGUUCAGCGGACAGCACAGUCCAUCAGCUGCAGGAGAGACCUCAAACACCGCCAUCAUGUCCAGCAAGCGAGCGAAGGGAAAGACCACUAAGAAGAGGCCGCAGAGAGCCACUUCAAACGUGUUCGCCAUGUUUGACCAGUCACAGAUCCAGGAGUUCAAGGAGGCCUUCAACAUGAUCGACCAGAACCGAGACGGAUUCAUCGAUAAAGAGGACCUCCACGACAUGCUGGCCUCUUUGGGGAAGAACCCGUCUGAUGAUUAUCUGGAGGGGAUGAUGAGCGAAGCUCCGGGGCCCAUCAACUUCACCAUGUUCCUCACCAUGUUCGGAGAGCGGCUGAACGGAACCGACCCGGAGGACGUCAUCAGGAACGCUCUCGCCUGCUUCGACGAGGAAGGAUCCGGUUUCAUUCACGAAGACCACCUGCGAGAGCUUCUGACCACCAUGGGAGAUCGUUUCACAGAUGAAGAGGUGGACGAGCUCUUCAGAGAGGCUCCCAUCGACAAAAAGGGAAACUUCAACUACGGCGAAUUCACCCGGAUCCUCAAACACGGGGCCAAAGACAAAGACGACAUGUAGACGACCAGCGGGCAGCUGCACAGAGCGUUACAGACACAUCAAGAAAAACACGUCUCACGUCAGAAAUGUUUCUUAGUCUGCGAGUAUUUUUCUCUAAAUGCAUUCGAUACAACCAGAUCGCAUUGUAAAUAACGUUGUGCGUUUUCAUGGGGGGGCUACAGUAUGUCCGAGCAGGUUAAAGCAAAGCUAAAACGUCCGAGUUCAGAAUCUAUGCAACUCUUGAAAUAAAACUAGUACAUUGGAGCUGCCCAGAGGUUAUUUUUGAAUGUGUAUUUAAAAGGAUUAUUGAAAAGGAUAAAGGAUCUCCCCCUCACCGAGCAAAAACAUUGUAGUCGUUAUAAUGGAAGUAAAGCAUGACCGAUUGCAUUUUUCACACCCAUAAUUGAGACAGACUUUGGGAUUUGUUUGGUGGUACCGCUACUUGUGUUUUCCCAUUAAACCCUGUGAAUAUCUGGCUUAUAAAACGUGCAUUUACACGCGGCAGCUCUCAGGCAUGAAGUCAUCCAUCGUGAUGCAUUUUAUACUGAAUAAAGAUGGCCUUAAACUUCA